AUGAAGUUCUCGUUCCAAUCUCCAGAGAAGCUGUACAUUGUGCUGGCCUUUGUCAAUGGCGGCGAGCUUUUCCAUCACCUACAGAAAGAGCAGCGCUUCGACAUCAACCGAUCUCGUUUCUACGCUGCCGAACUCUUGUGUGCGCUCGAGUGUCUACACGGGUUCAACGUCAUUUACAGAGACUUGAAGCCCGAGAACAUCUUGCUCGACUACACCGGCCACAUUGCUCUGUGCGAUUUCGGUCUGUGCAAACUCGACAUGAAGGAUGAGGACAAGACAAACAGUAUGUUAUAUAUUCCCAGGUUUAAGGGGCUUCAUACUGACCAAGAUUGUAGCNNUUUCUGUGGCACACCAGAAUAUCUCGCACCUGAGCUGCUUCACGGCACUGGCUACACCAAGACGGUCGACUGGUGGACACUGGGUGUCCUCCUCUACGAGAUGUUGACAGGUUUGCCGCCCUUCUACGACGAAAACACCAACGACAUGUACCGCAAGAUCUUGGCAGAGCCCCUACACUUCCCUGGCCCCGAGAUUGUGCCCCCUGCCGCACGCGACCUGUUGCAGAAGCUGCUCGACAGGGAUCCGACAAAGAGAUUGGGAGUCAACGGCGCAGCAGAGAUCAAGGCACACCCCUUCUUCCACAGUAUUGACUGGAGAAAGCUUCUGGAUCGCAAGUACGAGCCUAGCUUCAAGCCUAAUGUGGUGAGUGUUUGUGAAUGCUGUAUGAUAGCUAAGCAGACAUGCUGA